AUGGAGGGAGACAGAGAGCCAGCAGGCUCCAAUGACAAGCCCCAGGAUGCCGCCGGCUUAUUUGGAAAGCUUCUGGCGUACCUGGAUAAGAGUGAGUCCCCAGCCCAGAGACUCCAGGGAGAUUCCCCCGGCCAGGCUGGUGUGGGUGCAGGGCUGGGCAAGGGCAGGGGUGUCGGUCUGGAGAAUGUCCGCAGUAAGACCACUCAGGCCGAGGUGGCAGUGCAGAAGAAGUCGACCCACUCAAUGGACGUGGAGGAGGUGGCUGCGGUGGAGGGCUGGAUCCAGGCAGUGGAGCCUCCUGCUGCCAAGAUGGUCUACCAGGAGCCCCUGAAGAAGAAAGUGAACAUCCAGGAGCUGCAGCUAGAUGUCAAAGCUGCUGUGGCCACGAAGAAAACAACUGAUGAUGACUACGGCUAUGUCAUCACUGACACAGACGCCCUACAGACUGAUGAGGGACUCCACUUGAUGGAGAUUCUGGCACGGCGGGCCAAGCUGCAGAUGACUGACUUCCUGGAGCUCUCAGUGGUGGGCCCAGCUGUGACCUUCAGAGUACGACCUAAUACCCAGAAUGUCAGCACUGCAGAUGUGGCCAACGUAGCAGUUCGCCAGAAGGAUGCAGUGGAGAAGGAGGCCAAGGUGAUCAUUCUGGAGGCUGGAAUCACAGAUAGAAGCCAGAUCAGCCAGAUUCCCACCAGGUACAGCACGGCCGAGUCCACCAAGUUCCUGAUCUUGACGGUGGUGUCUAUCCUGUGUAUCGUGGCUGUGCUGCUGGCCUCCAUUGUGGUCUACUGCCUCCGACACCACUCUCACCACAAGCUCAAGGAGAAGCUCACCAACCUGGGAACAGACACAGGCAGCAAUGCUACGUCCACCUAUCAAGAACUGUGUCGUCAGCGGAUGUCGGUCAAGCAGCCGGCGGAGCGUCCAGAGCCGAUGCACAGUGUGGCGCCCCAGUUCAGCGACGGGGGGCCCAUCGUCAGCCCCGCGGCACAAAGCUCCACCUCCUCCUGGUCUGAGGAACCAGUCCACUCUAACAUGGACAUCUCCACUGGUCACAUGAUCCUGUUUUACAUGGAGGACCACCUGAAAAACCAAAAUCGUCUGGAGAAGGAGUGGGAGGCUCUGUGUGCGUACCAGGCUGAGCCCAACGCCUCGACUACAGGCCUGGGGGCCGGGAACACAAAGAAGAACCGCUUCAGUGCCGUGGUGGCCUAUGAUCACUCAAGAAUAACCUUGAAGGUUGAAAACAGCCAAGGCAAUUCAGAUUACAUCAAUGCCAGCCCAAUUAUGGACCACGACCCACGGAACCCAGCCUACAUCGCUACUCAAGGCCCUCUCCCCUCCACGGUGUCUGAUUUCUGGCAGAUGGUGUGGGAGAACGGCUGUGUGGUCAUUGUCAUGCUGACGCCCCUCACUGAGAGCGGAGUCAAACAGUGCUACCACUACUGGCCUGACGAGGGGUCUAACCUUUACCACAUCUAUGAGGUUAACCUGGUGUCGGAGCACAUCUGGUGUGAUGACUUCCUGGUUCGUAGUUUCUACCUGAAGAACAUGCAGACCAACGAGACGCGCACCGUCACGCAGUUCCACUUCCUCACCUGGCUCAACCAGAACGUCCCUGAGUCCAGCAGGACACUCCUGGACUUCCGCAGAAAGGUUAACAAGUGCUACCGGGGAAGGUCUUGUCCUAUAAUAGUCCACUGCAGCGACGGCGCCGGGAGAAGUGGAACAUACAUUCUGAUUGACAUGGUUCUCAAUAAGAUGGCUAAAGGUGCUAAGGAGAUUGAUAUUGCUGCCACCCUAGAGCACUUGAGGGACCAGCGGCCGGCUAUGGUCCAGACAAAGGAGCAGUUUGAGUUUGCAUUGACAGCUGUCGCAGAGGAGGUGAACGCCAUAGUCAAAGCUCUUCCACAGUGAGAGGAGUACCCACUACCGAGCCUCAGCAGCAGCUCUCACCAGGGAUCUCUCUUCCUGUCUCCCACUCCACAACUAAUCCUCUCCUCCUCUCCACCUCUCCACCUCUUCUCCACCUCUCCGUCUUUGUGGAUGCCAUGCGAGAAAAGGUGACCUGAUCUUAGCUGUGCAAUAUGGCGCCUUUAUUGUUUUGUCUAUGGAGCUUGUUUCCAAACAGACAAUUUAGUGCAUCAAGAAUUUGACUGAUUGAAAAAAAGUUUUAUCUGUUAAAUGAUUGGAAUAUAUUAAUCACAGAAAUCUGGUUUUUAGAUCUCUAUGUAUGUGUGUGUAAAUUAUUAUAUUGGUCAUCACAUCUGAAUCAUAGGACAUAUUUAAGUUUGAUGUCUUUUCACUUUGGUCCCGUGUACUGAACCAUACCAUGUAAUGUAGAUCAGAAGGAAAACUGCUCAGUUAGGUCAAGUGAAUACUGAUAACAAUGAUGCUGAUGAUAAUUCUAGUUACCAUAGUGAUAAUGAUACCAAGCAAUAUGUGUUUCUUCAGAUUGUUGAGACCUGGGUAA